UGACAAACAGUGAUAAAUCAGAAUUCAGAAUUUAGGUUUUAGCAUAAACUUAUUAGAUACUGUUUUAGAAAAUAUUGUAUCAUCAACAUUUUCUAAAUCACAUUAAAAUAGUAAAGUAAGUUUGUUAAAAAAAUAAUAACUAGGAAACCUAACGAAGAACUGAUGAAGUGGUGAAACGUUUUGUACCAAUAGUCACUUCGUUGUACAAAUCAUUUCUUUUAUGUUUUUGUGCUACUUAUUUAGGACAAAAUGGGUAUAUUCAGCACUUCCUCACCAUUUGACCAGGAUGUAGAACGAGCUACAAGUGAGAACAACACUAGUGAAGAAUGGGGUCUGAUUUUGGAAAUCUGUGAUCGCGCCGGAGCGUCAGCCACAAGCUCGAGAGACUGUCUAAGGGCGGUGCUUCGCCGACUCGGUCACGCGGACCCCCACGUCCAAGUGCAUGCAGCUACCUUACUGGAUGCUUGUGUAGCGAACUGCGGCCGCUAUUUCCUACUGGAGGUGGCUUCGCGUGAAUUUGAGGCAGAAUUUCGUCGGCUCCUGUCCCGCGCCCAACCUGCUGUUGCCCAAAAACUAAGAGCAUUAUUGAAGAAAUGGGCUGAAGGCGAAUUCAAAAACGAUCCGCAGUUGGACCUCAUACCUUCACUGCACGCAAAAUUAUGCGCUGAGGCCGGUGAAAAACCCUCGUCUUCUGUAACUGCCAGCACUGAUCCACAAGCAGCAGCAAACGCGGCGGCUCAGCGUGAGCAGGAGGACCUAGCUCGGGCUAUCGCCCUCUCGCUCAAGGAGACAGGGGGCGCUUCGAGCACUACCAGCGCGUUGUACCCUCGUGUGGAGAGCACCGACACCCCGGCUGCCCCGGCGCCGCCUGUGGCGAGACAGGUCCGGGCUCUGUACGACUUUGAAGCCGCUGAGGAUAAUGAGCUCACCUUCAUGGCGGGAGAAAUCGUGCACGUAACUGACUCGACUGACCCUAACUGGUGGAAGGGCUACAAUGAACGCGGCGAAGGACUUUUCCCAGCUAAUUUCGUCACUUUCGAUCUCAGUGAGCCAGCCCAAGAAAAAGAAACUAGAAGCGGCGGCGGGGGUAAAACAGUGCAGUUUGUAGAAGACGCGCCCGCUCGCAUCGACGAGUCGGUUAUGGAUGAGGCCCUAGCGUUGCUCCACGAAGCGGACCCCACCGACGAAGGCGCGGGGGAGAGCAACAUGCGGCUUGUGACGCUCGAGGCGCGCGUGCACGCAAUGGGCCCGCUGGUAGACGCCGCGCUCGAACGCGCCGAUCGCCGCCACGCGCGUCUCACGCAACUCAGUUCCGACCUCGUCGACGCUCUAAACCUAUACCACGAACUCAUGCGCGAUCCCAAACCCAUGUACGCCCCGCAAUACAUGAUGCAAUUCCCCCCCGGCGUGAUGCCUGGCGCUCUUCCCCCCGGUAGUCUACCCCCCGGUGCGCUCCCCGGCUCACUUCCCCCCGGGAGUUUGCCCCCAGGCGCGAUACCGCCCGGCGCUAGCGCAUCGCACUUGCCAUCCCAGCCCAUGCCACCACGGUACGCUAUUUAAAUGUAUUGUGUAGCUGUUAUAUUAGUAGUUACUCGCAUUUUAUAUGUAAAUAUCAUUACAUCUAUUUAGUUUUUGAAAUACCUUCCAACCAAGAUGUAGCACUCGAAAGUAUUUUAUUUAGGAAAAUAGAAAAAAAUAGUUUACAGUCUACACUAGUGAAUUAUUACAAAAUAUGGAAGUUCAUGAUAUAUCAUUGCAUACGGUUUCAUUAUAAAAUGUGUACUUCAAUAAUAGCCUACAAUCGUGCAAGGAUGUUUUAGCACGUGGCCGACAUUUGAAAUAACGCCACCCUUCUGAAAUGUCCCGCAUUUCGCAUUAUGACAAAAUUCCACUCGCCAAAAUAUCUGUGUAGUUCUAUACUAAAUGUUUAUACAGUGUGUAACAAAAAUAAGUGAUAAUACU